AUGCCAAUCACCAUCCUCCCCGCAACCGCCAACGAUAUCCCCCUCCUCGCAAAGAUCUCAGCAACCUCAUUCAAAGACGACCGUCAUACCCAGCUGAAAUCUCGACUCGGUGCCCAGCCAUACGACCACGAGAAGGGGUGUCGGGAGCGACUACCGAGGUAUCUGGAGAGUGGG